GGAACGAAGAUGGCCGGGCGCACCGCGGGAACUGAAGAGUCGCCGGCAGCAGCGGCAGCGGCAGUUGCAGAGCUGUGACUCCACGAGCGGCAGCGAGCGGAGCGAGCGGAGCGGAGCGGGCCGGCCGCGCAGACGGCGACGCGCCGGACCGGCGAUCGUCGGGUGGGCGCCGGUACACCGGCGCCGGGCGGAGGAUGCACCGGGCGCGGCGGGCGGCUCCCCGCAGCCGCCCCCGCGCCUCGGGCGCCGGGCCUUAGUGCUGGCUGAGGAGGCGGCGCGCGCGGGGCGGCCGGGCGGCGGCGGCGGGGCCCGCGCCGUCAUGCCGUGGCUGAGCGGCGGCCGCCGGCGGCGGCGGGUACCGACGCGCGAGGCCCCGCGGGAGCCGCCGUCGUCCGCGCAGUGUCCGCGGGAACCGCCGCAGCCCGCGACCCCCGUCGUGGUCCCCGUGCCCACGGCGCCCUCCGCGAUCCCUCUGCGGGCCCGGGAGAGCUCCGAGCUGCCGCUGCCCGCCGGCUGGGAGGAGGCGCGCGACUACGACGGCCGCGUCUUCUACAUCGACCACAACACGCGCCAGACGUCGUGGAUCGACCCCCGAGACCGGAUAACAAAGCCACUAACCUUUGCUGAUUGUGUUGGAGAUGAACUCCCUUUAGGAUGGGAAACUGUAUAUGAUAAACAAAUUGGAAUUUAUUACAUGGACCACAUAAAUAAGCUGACCCAGAUUGAGGACCCCAGAGAACAGUGGAGGCGAGAGCAGGAACGGAUGUUGAAGGAAUAUUUAGUUGUAGCCCAGGAGGCUCUCAAUGCCAAGAAAGAAAUCUACCAGGUGAAGCAGCAGCGGUUCGAGCUGGCUCAGGAGGAGUACCAGCAGCUGCACAGAAUGUGUGAGGACGACGGCCGCUCGUACGCCAGCUGUCAUCAGCAGGCCGCAGUGGAAUCAGAUGGUCACCUGCUAGCCACUCCUUUAGCAAAUACUUAUCAAGUGCCCCCUGUGUGCCCAGGCACUGCGAUACCGUGGCGCCUAAGAGACGACGGGCCCCUGCCCUCGUGGAGCUUACAUUCAGGUCUCCAAAGAGGCUCUCCAAUCAGUGUUUCCAAGGAUGGAACGGGAGACAAGGACAUAUCAGGAAAACUUGAGAGGAAGUUUCUUGCCAGUGACGGAAAGGAAAGACUGCCCAGGGAAGAUAUGGAAGAGGCAGCUUACAAGAACCGAUUGUGUUUUUGGAACACCUUGCCCUCCCAUUGUUCAAGUUAUCUGGAAUUAAAGACCGGUUCCUCCUCUGGAUACUCAGCAAAUACAAAAUAUGACCCACACCAGAUUAAAGCAGAAAUAGCAAGUCGCCGGGAUAGGCUUUCCAGGCUGAAGCGCGAGCUGGCCCAGAUGAAGCAAGAGCUGCAGUACAAAGAGAAGGGGGUGGAGACCCUGCAAGAGAUUGACCGUAAGAUGUCAAAUGCUCACACCAGCUACAAACUGGACGAGGCGCAGGCUAUAAUGAAUGAGCUCCGGACCAUCAAGAAGGCCAUUUGCACAGGCGAGAAGGAGAGGCGGGACCUGAUGCAGAGCCUGGCCAAGCUCACUGACGGGUUCAGGAAGAACUUUUCUCUGACCGACCCGCAAGAGGCCCCUCAUCGACAGGGCGCUGGUGGCGAGUCUCAUCAGUUCUGCGAUGCUGGGUCUCAGACCGACAUCAUCGGAGAGUUUGUCUUCGACGAUAAAACAAGACUUGUAGACCGAGUGAGGCUCAAUUGGCAGUACGAGGAAGCCAAAAAGAGAGUCUCAAAUAUCCAGCAGCAACUGGCCCAGCUGGAGAGCGAGUCCUGGCCAGGCAUGGCCGAGGCCGACAGGGACCGGCUGCAGCUCAUCAAGGAGAAGGAGGCCCUGCUUCAGGAGCUGCAGCUCAUCGUCCAGCAGAGGCGGCCAGUGGAGGACGUGGCCCGGCUCGAGGAGGAGAGGAGGCGCCUGGAGGAGGAGAUCCAGCGCGCUCGCGCCACCUCUGUGCAGGGCGCCACGGAAAGGAUCCUGCUUCAGGAAAAACGAAAUUGCCUACUUAUGCAGCUAGAAGAAGCUACUCGAUUAACAUCCUAUCUCCAGUCCCAGUUAAAGAGCCUGUCUGCCAGCACCCUGACCAUGUCUUCGGGGAGCAGCCGGGGGUCCCUGGCCUCCAGCCGGGGCUCGCUGGCCUCCAGCCGGGGUUCCUUGAGCUCCGUCAGCUUCACCGACAUCUACGGCCUGCCGCAGUACGAGAAACCCGAGGCUGAGUGCAGCCAGCUUUUGCGCUUCGAUGUGAUUCCCUUCGACACCCUGGGACGGGAGGCUCCCUCCUCAGAGCCCCCCGUCCCCUCCGGCUUCCACAAGCAGAGGCGCUCCCUGGACACGCCGCAGUCCCUGGCCUCCCUGUCUUCCCGCUCCUCCCUGUCCUCCCUGUCGCCCCCGAGCUCGCCCUUGGAUACGCCCUUCCUCCCGGCCUCUCGAGACUCGCCCUUGGCCCCGCUGGGGGAUAGUUUGGAGGUGCCAAGCCUGGGUGCCCUGGACAGACUGCGGGCUCAGACCUCUGCUCUGGGAGAGGAAGACUUGCAGGGCGCUGCAUCCCUUCCUCCGCCGCCGCUGCCGCCACCCCCGCCGCCGCCUGCAUUCCCCGCCCCUGCCGAUGGGGAAGGACCUCGUGAGCGAGGCCCCCCAGUGGCCGCUGUUGCCACCGGUACAACAGUGACUCUUCGAGAAGACAGCGCCAAGAGGUUGGAGAGGAGAGCGCGCCGCAUUUCUGCAUGCACAUCUGAUUACUCGCUAGCCACCGACAGCGGGGUAUUUGAACCUCCGAGCAAAAGGAGCGAGGAUGCUGACGAGCCCGCACAUGGGGACACUUGUGUCAUCGAAGGGCCCCAGAUCCACGUCGGGUUCUGGCAUGACAGUGGCAGCGAGUGUCUCCUUGUGAACGUGCUACAGCUGAAGAACUUCGCCGGGCUGGUCAUGAAGGAAGACUGCAAAAUACAUGUCCGCGUCUACUUGCCAUCGCUGGACUCGGGCACGCCAGACACCUACUGCUCCAAGUCUGUGGAAUUCCAGUCCCCCCUGGUAUUUAAUGAUGUUUUCAGAAUCCCUGUGCAUCCAAGCACGCUGACGUCGAAGUCCCUUCAAUUAUACGUGUGUGCGGUGAAUCCGCAGCUGCAGGAAGAACUGCUGGGCAUUGCCCAGAUUAACCUGGCCGACUGUAACAGCCUGAGUGAAAUGCAGCUGCGCUGGUACCCAGUCCAGGUGUUCACCAGCCCCGAGCUGCCCAGGACCCGGGACAAUCCUCGGGCUGAGAAAAGUGGGGCCCGGGACCCUGUGCACACUGCUGCCACAGCCUCUGCUGCCACCGCCGCCGCCGCCACCUCUGCCGCUGCCACCACCGCUGCUGCUGCUGCCGCCGCUGCCCCUGCCGUUGCCACCACCGCCGCAGCUGCCACUACCGCCGCUGCCACCGCCGCCGCCACUGCCACCGCCACUGGGAAGACGGACGCGGUGACGGUGCUGCUGGCCAGAACCACAGCGCAGCUGCAGGCGGUGGAGCGCGAGCUGGCCGAGGAGCGCGUGAAGCUGGAGCACACGGAGGAGGGCAUCCUGGACAUGGAGCGGAAGGAGGAGCAGGUGGAGGCUGUGUCCGAGCGGAGCUGGCAGGCCGACUCGGUGGACAGCGGCUGUAGCAGCUGCACCCAGACCAGCCCCCCGCACCCAGAGCCCUGCUGCACCACUGUGGACUCCAUCCACGGACAGCCGCUGGCGGGCCGGGCAGAUGCUUACAGCCCCGGGAAACCUCAGCCCCGUCCUCUAAAGGUUGAUAAGGAAACCAACACCGAAGACCUCUUCCCAGAAGAAGUAGCCAGUCUUCCGAAGGAGCGGGCCAGCCGCAGGGUCCGAGGGGCACCCUUUGUCCGCAGUAGCACCAUUGUCCGUUCCCAGACUUUCUCGCCUGGGGCGCGAAGCCAGUAUGUUUGCAGACUCUAUCGUAGUGACAGCGACAGUUCAACACUGCCCCGGAAGUCUCCCUUUGUCCGAAACACUUUGGAAAGACGAACCCUUCGCUAUAAGCAGUCCUGUAGGUCAUCCCUGGCCGAGCUCAUGGCCCGCACCUCCCUGGACCUGGAGCUGGACCUCCAGGCGUCGAGAACUCGGCAGAGGCAGCUGAACGAGGAGAUCUGCGCGCUCCGAGAGCUGAGGCAGCGCCUGGAAGACGCCCAGCUCCGGGGCCAGACCGACCUCCCGCACUGGGUGCUGCGCGACGAGCGAUUCCGCAGUCUGCUGAAGGAAGCGGAGAGGCAGACAAGACAGACCAAACUUGACUUCCAUCAAGAACAGGCAGCUGAGAAGAUGCUGAAGAAGGCCUCCAAAGGGGUCUGCCAGCUGCGUGGGCAGAACCACAAGGAGCCCAUCCAGGUGCAGACGUUCAGGGAGAAGAUAGCAUUUUUUACCAGACCAAGGAUUAACGUACCUCCUCUGCCCGCCGAUGAUGUUUGAUGUAGUGCUUUGUACGCGUGAAGUAUUUAUCUUCCUGUCUUGUUUUCAUGAAGUUCUUAGACUAGCUAAAUUUGUCUUAAAAUAUUUGUGCAAAGCUAUUAAUAUACACAUUUUGUAAAAAAACACAUAUCUAUACAUAUAUAUUUUAUAAUAGUGACGGCAACAGGGCUUGGUUUUUCCUUGUUGUGAAACUGACAUCUCUGAAGACAAGUUAUUUUAUAAAAGAUCAACUAUCAUGUUAAGAGUGUACAGUUUUUACGCUGUUUUAUUUGACUUAAAGGCUGGAAGACAGAAACGAAGUGAGUUCAGGCAAAUUCACUGUAUUGUAAUUUAUUUAUAGUACUUUUUUUUUCCUUGAAGGAAAAUACUGACUUUAAGAUGUAUUUUAAGACUGAAAUUUUGUUCUUCAGUAUUUGUCAUGCAGUAGAAUGGAACUUUGGGGCCGGUUUUGUUUCUGACACGGAAAUGCAAACACUUUGUGCUACAUUCGUCACUCGUGCCAGCUUCUCAUGUGUGCCUUUAUCAUGUACAUUGUCCACUGUCACACUCGUGUUCUGUUAAGAUCCCGCCUGGGGGCUCAGCCGUAGUUCACACGUGUGCGCGUGCGCGCGUCGCGGAGCUCCGUCUCCACGGUGACUGCGCGCCGAGAGCCCCCUCAUUUCUGUGUUGUGUCAGCGUGCACAGCUCUGUGCUCCCUCCGAGUCUCCCCACAGAGCCCCGGCGCCCUGGCUGGGCCCUGCCUGCUCGCGGCAGCUGCCCACCCUGCCCCGUGCCGGACCCAGCCGCCUGCCCUUCCAGUGCGCCCCAUGCGGCUGUGCCCGACAGGAAGGCGGCGCCGGGGCUCCCGUUCUACUGCUCUGUCAUGAAGGAAAGUGAAAGGGACCUAGGAACGCGCCCUCGCAUCAGCCAGCGAACCUGCUGAUGCGGACAGCAGUUCUGCCAUAGACAUGAUGACCUCUGAAGGCGCUUUGCCGUGGAAGGAAGCGCACGCGGGUAGCUGCAGUUACCCGGCAAGUCACUUAACAGGAGAGUGUUUGAUUCAUUUUGAUUUAAAUCAUAAUCCUUCUCCCCGGUACUGGAAGGUACCUAAUAUUUCUUAAUAAAUCUUAGAAGUAGUUCAUGAAAAAAAAAGUUUUAUGUAAUUAAAAAAAUACCAUUAUUCUCUUAAAAUGCCAAAUGAUAUACCUAUUUUGCCUCAUGCAUAUUUAUUAUAUAUGGAAUGCACUCUCCUUUCUGAGGCCUCGGAGAAGGAAACGAGGUGGUCACGUAAAAUAGAAAAGAGAACUUCCUCGUCCUAGACUGCUCUGCCCCUCCCUUGGAAAUGCCCCCUUUAAUCAAUGUCUCUCUUCUCAUUAGUCUGUAAUUGUCCCCCUUGUAUAAUCCGCCUUCCUUUUUGCAUUUAUUAAAAGUGAAUUUUGUAAAAAGCAUUUCAUUGACACGCGACCUGUCACGGGCAAUGGACCUUGUCAGUGGCGGUAAGACUGAAACCUCUAUGCUUUUCACAGUUGUCAUCUUUUGCUAUGUAUUUCUGCCUCGAGUCUCGCUGGAUUUUUGUUUUUUGUUUUUUUUUUGGGCUAACUUCUCUGGGAACAUACCCACAACAGAGAUGGGGACACGCAAAGCCCCGCGGUCCUGUGGCACACAGCGCCACUGAGCGCGCCAGGACGAUGGCAGGCCCUCUCUGUGCCCCCGCUGGGGAACUCGCACCAUCCACAGUCUGCCGCUCCGGCGCCUCGGGCGCGCAGCCCCUCCCGUGGGAGAGUCCCCUGGCCGCACGGACUGGCCGCGUCUUUUCAGCAGCUGCCCCACGAAGCUGCCUCUCAGUGGGCCUGUGGGUGGAAGCCCCUUUUCUGCCAACCCCCACUAAGCGGCACUGUGGGGGAAGCCUGCCAUGCGCAUGCGUAAAGCUCUCCGGCAAGGGUUUCCAAUACACGCCACUGCCCAGCAUGCGCAGAUUUACAGUCAGAGUGCCUCCCCACCCGAGGGUUUCGAACAGAAACCCAGAAGCCAACGGGAGCCUGCUUCACUAUCUUUCCCAGGCAAUCUUGUGGUGGCCCUCCCCGUCCUCUGCUGUCCCGUCCCGAAAGGGCACAUUGCCGGUGACAGCUGGGGUGGGCACACAGGAGGACUCGAGCACCUGAGUGGCUUCUCACUCGUGACUUGAUUUUGCAGCUUUUGAGUAGUUCAGACCGCCACCCCGCCCAAGCCGAACACCCACGCGGGGUCGUUCCAUCUUCUGUCUAGCUCCGCCGAUGCUACGCCUUGUGAUAGGCAGCACUGUGCCGCGUGUUCGUCAGCAGUUGUAGUCCAGAGAUGGGGAAAAGGGAAUUUGAUCUUCACUUCAUUGAUCAUUGAAAUUGUCACCACUGUAAUCAGUAACCUUCUGUUGUGGGAAUAAGUUCUAAUCAGUAGUCAUCUCUGUUCUAAUUGUGUCAUUUGUAUUGCUUGAAACUAUUUCUUCUAUAAAAUUAAACUAAUCUGCCUUAAGAACAAAA